GUUUCUCAAAGUCUCGGCCUGUCGCAUGCUCCUCUAAACAUGAAUCACUAUGCUAAUAAGAAGAGCGCGGCAGAGAGCAUGCUGGACGUGGCUCUGCUAAUGGCUAACGCCUCGCAGCUGAAGGCUGUGCUGGGGCAGGGGCCCCAAAACACCAUGUACACGGCCCUGAUCACGCUCAUCAGCCUGUCGCUCUGUCUGCAAGUGUUAGUGGGCAUCCUGCUCAUCUUCACAGUGAAGUGGAACCUGAAUGACGAGCAGAAACAUCUCAAGCUGAACAUCUUAGAGAACAUCACCACAGGCUGCAUCUUCAUCAUAGUUGUCAUCAAUGUCUUCAUCACUGCGUUUGGAGUUCAGCGGCCCAAUGCAGGCGUGUGA